ACAUCAUGAAUGUAAAUAUUCACACUGGGCUGGUUAAUAUGUGGUUGAAAUGAAACAAUGUUUGGAAGAUGAAGACUUUAAAGAGAUAGAAAGUAGUUUUUGGUGUCUAUUCUCCCUGCUGUUAGCAAGGUGGCGCAAGACUAAAGCAUUUUGUUUGCUGUACAUGAAUAAAGUUGAGGACAAAAAGGGAAGUGAACCAGUUUCUACAGCCACAGCUACAAACUCAGAUUCAGGAGGAGAAUCAUACAAAAUGGUCACAGACAGAAAGGCGUCUAUUUUUUACAUGCUGAUCUGCUUUUACCUCAUUUUAGGUAUCCACUAUAGCAGUACAUCAGAUACUUUUUCAGUUCAGACUGGAGGAUCUGUCACUAUCCCGUGUCAUUAUAAAAGGAUAUACAAACAGCAGAGAAAAUACUUGUACUCAGAUUGGAAUCAUUCAAAUAAAUACAUAAACUAUACAGAGGAGAAUCUGUCAGUAAUUGAUUAUCCUGAUCAGGGUCUGUUUACUGUGACUAUGAGAAACCUGCAGGAGAAACACAGUGGACGUUAUUGUUGUAAUACUGAUACUGGGGAACCAUCAUCAUCAUCAGCUGUGUUACAUGACUUUUAUCUCCAAAUCAAAUCUGUUCCUGGUAUCUCUGUGGUGAGCAGCAGUGUAACUGGACAGGAAGGUGGAAAUAUCAGUGUCCAGUGUUUUUACACUUAUAAAUAUAAGACUACAUUUAAACGGUGGUGCAGAUAUAAAGGCAUGAGAUGUUACACAGUGGGGAAGACUGACACAUCCCAGAAUCCAUCAGUCCAGAUCAGUGAUGAUGGGAGAGAAUCCUUCACUGUGGUGAUGACUGGACUGCGAGAGAGUGAUUCUGGCUGGUACUGGUGUGCUGUACAAGACCUAAUGAUCCCUGUUCAACUCAUUGUGAAUAAGAGAAAACCAGUAUCUGCGACCACAGACAUCAGCACUGAAAAAGACAUAAAAGGUCAGUAUGCAAUUUUAAGUUGUUGCUGCCAGAGGAGCUUUGGUCCGAUCCUAUGGAGUGUGGAUUGCGCAGGAGACGUAGGAGGAAGCGUGGCAGGUGUGCUGGAGCCACUGUGAGAGCUAGAGCGGCCUUGAGUUCGAGGAAGUACCCAUUUACAUCAACUACUCUGGAUUACGCUGAGGCGUCGACGACAUGGAGUUUGAAAUAUUCUUGUUUACGUCCAGUCUUCCCUGCUCAGUGGAUUCCGAUAUCACAGAUGGUGGCCGAACGGAUCAUGGUUUGAUCCGGUCACAAGGUGCAAAACCAAGUAAUCUGCUCUAUCUCAAGUCGGUUGAUGUUCAGGAUAAAUUAUCCAUAGUUUUAAUGGAGUCUGGUACUGUUAAGAUGGCAUUUGUGAAUUCUAGAUCUAUUUUAAACAAAACAUAAUUUUUUUUUUUUUUUUGUGUGUCAUGAACUGGACUUUCUAUUUGUAUCUGAAACCUGGCUUAAUAUCGGUGAGCUGAGCCCCCUUAUUGAACUUUCUCCACCUGGGUGCUCGUUUUUUAGCACUCCGAGAAGGGUUGGUCAAGGAGGGGGGCUUGUUUGUGUUUAUAAAAAUAUCACUUUAAAUGUCAUUUACUAUCAGUUGAGAGUUAUGAAAGCUUAGAAGCACAAGCAAUGAUGCUUGAUGCACGGAGUGCAGUUUGUGUGCGGUGAUAUAUAGACCGCCGAAAUACAACAGAGACUUUAUACAACAGUUUUCAAACUUUUUGUCAUAUAUUGUGCCAAUGUGUGACAAUAUUCUAAUUCUAGGUGAUUUUAAUAUUCAUGUAUGUUGCCCGACUAAGCCUUUAGUUUUGAACUUUUUGGAUUUGGUGGACUCUUUUAAUCUUAUUCAGGUUGUUACAGGACCCACCCAUGAGCAGGGUCAUAGGUUGGACUUAUCGUCAGGACUUCCUAUUCAUGAUGUUGAUAUUUCUAAUGACUGUUUAUCAUAUGCCUGUUAUUUUUAAUUUGAUUGUGCCAUGUAAACCCUCCACCCUUCAGCCUGUUCUGUCUCGCUCUCUUCUUAUAAACUCAUCAACAGCUGUGAAUUUUUUGGAGAUGUGUAAAUUGUCCCCAUCGAUCAGCUUUACCGAGUCCCCACCUCCUUAUGUGUGCCCUGAGGAGCUGGUGACCCGGUUCAACUCUGUGUGUAUGGAUAUUCUUGACUCUGUUGCUCCAUACAGAGUCAAGAAAUUAAAUGUAACUCCAGAGCCUUGGCUUAAUAAUUAUAUCUAUGCCCUCAGGCAGAAAAGUAGGAAAGCCGAGCAGAAAUGGAGGAAAGACAGAUUAUGUCUCUCUCCAAAUUUUUAGAUACAGUUUGAGAAAAUAUCAGAUGGCUGUGAAGACUGCAAGAGCAAGUUAUUUUUCUAGGAUCAUAGAGCAGAACCAAAACUCUCCUAGGAUAUUGUUUUCAACUAUAAACAGGAUAUUUAACCCGGCUGGAGGGCUUGGUUUUAACCCCUCUAUAGGCACAUGUGAAAUGUUCUUAAACUAUUUUGUUAGCAAAGUAACUAAGAUUAGAGCUAAUUUUUCCAUACAAGUUGUUGAUGCAGCGGAGACAUCUGCUUGUGUUCACAUAUUUGAUCAAUUUUAGGAUGUAUCAGUGUUAGCAGUUAAAGACAUCAUAUGCACAUGAGGCCAUCCUCAUGCAGUCAUGAUGUCAUUUCGCUACGACUUCUCAAGGAGAUGGUAGAUGAUUUUUGCCCCAGCAUUACUGCCAUUAUUAGAAUUAUUGGCCUAUUUCUAAGCUACCUUGGCUGUCAAAAAUUCUUGAGAAAGUAGUUCUAUUGCAGUUAACCCUAUUUUUGGGGAAGAAAAACAUCUUGGAAAAAUUUCAGUCAGGUUUUAGGAUGGGUUAUAGCACAGAGUCUGCUCUUUUAAGAGUUGUAAAUGAUCUGCUUAUAAUUAGGGAUUCAGGCGAUUAUGCUGCUUUAAUUUGACUUGAUCUGAAAGCAGCAUUUGAUACUAUAGAUCAUGCUUGUCUCAUUGGACAGUUAUCUAAAUGGUGGGGAUCAGUGGGAUUGCUCUUCAAUGGUUCUCCUCUUAUCUUGCAGAUAGAGUGUUCUCAGAGUGUUCUCUUUUCAUUGUCCCUUGCGCCUGUUACUAGUGGGAUUCCUCAGGGGUCUGUUUUAGGGCCUAUGUUGUUUUCUUUGUAUAUGCUUCCUUUGGGCAUGAUUUUUAGAAAAUAUGGUAUAUCAUAUCAUUUUUAUGCUGACGAUACUCAAAUUUAUCUGCCCUUGAAAUCCGGUGAUGGUGUUUUUAAUUCUUUAUUGGCAUGCUUGGAAGAGGUUAAAAAUUGGAUGGCUCACAACCUACUCCAAUUAAAUACAGGGAAGACGGAGAUAAUGAUUUUUGGGCCAGCUGAUGAAGCAUUGAACAUUGCUCCAAAUCUGGGUCCAUGGUCAGCCCAUCUUCAGACUCAAGUUUGAAACUUGGGGGUUGUCCUUGAUAAGCAAAUAAAUGCUGUGGUUAAGAGCUGCUUUUUCCAAAUCAGAGCAAUUGCUAAGCUUAAGCACAUUGUUUCAGCCAAUGAUUUGGAGAAAGUGAUUCAUGCCUUUAUUUCAUCGCAUUUAGAUUACUGCAAUGUACAUUACAUCAGAUCCUGUCACUUCAAGACUGCAGUGAAUUCAAAACGCAGCAGCAUGGCUACUUGUUGGGGCAAAGAAGAGGGAUCACAUCAUGCCAAUACUGGCUUUGCUUUGCUGGCUGCCAGUUGAAUUUAGGAUAAAAUAUAAGUUAUUACUGUAUGUGUUUAAAGCAGUUCAUGGAAUGGCCCCCACUUAUGUAUCUGACCUCAUUUCUUUACAGCAGCUUCUGAGAACACUAAGAUCAGCUAACAAAUUAUUACUCUCUGUGCCCCGAUCUCAUUUGAAAUCAAAAGGUGAUUGUGCCUUUUCAAUUGCAGGGCCUAGAUUAUGGAACAGACUGCCGCUUGAAAUUAUAUCUGCUCCUAGCAUUUCUACUUUUAAAGUUUGUGUUAUAAUUUAUUUGUAUACCUUGGCCUUUGUAUACCUUACCUUGGCACUGAUGUAUUGUUUGAUGUUUUAAUGUGGUCUGUAAUUUAUGUUUUUAUGUUUUCUAGCUUUUAUGAAUGUACAACACUUUGAGCUACCAUGUAGUUGGAAAGUGCUUUAUAAAUAAAUUAAAUGAAAUGAAAACAUUGGCCCACAUUCACUUCCAUAGCAAGUGCCUCACUGGAAGGUUUUUUUUUUUUUUUUUUUGGUAAUCAAUAUUAUGCCACAAAUGCUGUCAAUUAAUCUUAACUUGAAUUGAACGUGGAAUAUUCCCUCAAAAUGUAAUCUAACCUAUAGUGUCAAUAAAAGCAAAUGUGAGAUGAAAAACAGAUGGUUUUAAGGUUAAUGCUCUAUCGAAUUGUAAAUAAACAAAACAGCUCCCUCCUCUAAACCUUAAACCUAAGGCAACAUUGUGUGUAGAACAGGGUGAAAAGUGUUUCUGAACUGAUAAUCUGCUGUUUCACUCGUGAUUUUUUAUGAGAGGGAAUAAGAGUCGUUGUUGUAGCGCCUUUAAUGUUUAUUACUCCAGGAAACUGCAGCGAUACAUACAAAAAGAUAGGUAAGAAUCAUUUUGCAAAAAUGUAGGUAUAGUAACGUGUUUCUAUUAGAUCAGGGUGUAAAUUUACCAGUAUUAUACCGGCUUUACAUGGUCAGCACAAGAGUUGAAAGAUGUUCAUACAUAUAAUGUUGAAGUUUUGUGGCUAUACUUUCAACACAUUGCAUAUUUCAAAAUGUAUUCUGGUGUAAUUUCCUGACUCAUAGACUUUUGCAAUAACAUUACUGCAAACACAUGUUAAAGGUAAGGCAGAUGCUAUUUACACCCCAGUGCAAAUAGUGGCAAAUAUCAUUUGCACCCCAACCUUGUUACAAAUAGUAGUAUGCUAUUUGCACAUUUCUAUGUUUCCAAUAGAAUAGUGGGGUACAAAUAGCCGCACUGUGUGGCAGGUGCUAUUUACAUCUGGGGUGCAAAUUGUCACUCCGUAAAAUUGUCUGUGGUAAUCUACACAGCAUGCCAAGAUACUGUAAUUCCUCUGUACCUAUACGUUGAUAUCAAUUGCUGAUAUUAAUUGAUGCACUGAUAUCAAUAGGAAGAAUAUGAAGAAUCAAGUGAGUCUUAGUUCUGAUGGGUGUUAUUUCUGGUAUCAUUCAGGGGAAAUCAGCAGGAUGGUUUCUUGUUUUACACCACCUUUGAUGCUUUUAGAAUAAAAGCUUUAAAAUGUUCCCUUCUUUCCCACAGGAAUAAUGAAACUCUGUUUGAGUGGCUUUCAAUUUCAGCAGCAGUUUUGCCUCUAGUGAUUCUGAUCGGUGUUUUUAUCUGGAUAUGCAGAAUGAGACACA